AUCUCGGCUGGCGGCGGGACAGGUGUGUGGUUGUGUUAGCAGAGGAUCGUUUUAGUGAGAGUUUAGCAAAGCGCCAGGUGAACCCACGCGCACUCAGUCCAAUGGGAGACAGCGAUGACGAGUUCGACCGGAGGAGGCGGGACAAGUUCAGGAGAGAGCGCAGUGACAUGGAGCGGUCGAGGGAGAGAGAAGAGAGGAGGAGGGACGACUGGCCCGACAGGGACUGGGAGCGCGGCAGAGAGCGGCGGAGGGACUACGACCGCGGCCGCAGAGAGAGAUUUUCUCCACCGAGACACAUCAGCCCCCAACACAAACGCAUGAGGAGAGACUGGGACGACCACCGGGGGGAGCCGUACCGCUACGACCUGCCGUACGGAGGAGGCGGGGCUCCGUUUCCAGGGGCGGGGCCUCAGGGCUGGCACCCCGACCUCCCCCACCUUCACCCGCAUCACGGAGGUCACCCGCUGCAGGGCAGGUUGGGGAUGGUGGAUCCAGACCUCCCUCCUCCUGGUCCCCCCACCAUGAGGAGCUUUAAGGAGUUCCUGUUGAACAUGGAGGACAGCGUUGACGAGACGGAGUCCGUGAAGCGCUACAAUCAGUACAAAGUGGACUUCAGACGGCAGCAGCUGCAGGACUUCUUCCUCCAGCACAAAGACCAGGAGUGGUUUCGCUCCAAAUACCACCCCGACGACAUCACGGCGAGGAAGGCGGAGUCUCUGGCCGCCCUCAAAACCCGGCUGGGCGUCUUCCUCUUCCUGCUGGACAACAACUGGCUGGACAACGUGUCGCUGGACAUGGAGCACGCCCCCGCUAUCAUCAAACUGCUGGACGCAGCGGUGAUAAAGAUGGAGGGAGGUACAGACUUUGACCUGCAGGUGCUGGAGAUACCGACGGCGGCGGCGGCCGGCGGGGAGGCGAGCUGCAGCAGCAGCAGCGGAGGAGGAGGAGGAGGAGGAGGAGGAGGAGGAGGAGGGAAGAGUCAGGAGGAAGCAGGAAACAUUCAGACCGGCUCGGAGUCGACGGGCAGUCGGACAGAGGAGACGGGCGAAACAAAAGACUCGGAUAAGGACUGUGAGGAGGAAGCAAAGCAGAACGGCGAGAAGCAGAAAGACGAAGAGGAGGAGGAGGAGGAGAAGAGGGAUGAAGAGGAGGAAGACGAGAAGACGUCUAAGAAAGGCAGGAAGAGGAAACGCAGCGUGUCCGCAGACAGCGGCGAGGGCAGCGCCUCCGACUCUGACUCCUCCCACUCUGACGGCGAGAAGGAGGACGACGAGGAGAAGGAGGAAGAGGAGGAGGACGGAGAGGGACAGUACGAGUCAGAGCGGCGUAAAGAGCGAGGGAAGGAGAGAGAGAAGGAGGCCCCGGCGAAGCCCCGCCCCCUCCACCUAACCACCUCCCUCUUCAUCCGAAGCAUCCCACCAGAGGUUUCCAAGGAGGAGAUCACAGCUUUGUGUCGUAGGUACCUGGGUUUCCUGCGAGUGGCGCUGUCAGACCCUCAGCCUGAGAGGAGGUUCUUCAGGCGGUGCUGGGUGACGUUUGACCGCAGUGUGAACAUAAAGGAGACGUGCUGGAACCUGCAGAACAUCAGGCUCAGAGACUGCGAGCUGUCUCCGGUGGUCAACAGAGAUCUGUGUCGACGCGUCCGCACUGUUAACGGCCUGACGCACCACAGACCCGUGGUGAGGAACGACAUCCGUCUGUCGGCCCGACUCGUCCACAGUCUGGACCAGAGGGGGGAGCUGUGGGCGGGACAGAUGGAGACCAACCCGGUCCUGAAGAACAUCACGGAUUACCUCAUCGAGGAGGUGAGCGCCGAGGAGGAGGAGCUGAUCGGCGCCGCCGGGGGCAACGGAGACGACGCCGAGGGCAAAGACCCCGCCUCCUCUGAGGUUACCGUGGAGACAGACGACAAACUGAUAAAGGUGUUGGACCGGCUGCUGCUCUACCUGCGUCUGGUUCACUCGGUGGAUUAUUAUAAUUUCUGUGAGUAUCCUGCCGAGGACGAGAUGCCGCAUCGCUGCGGGCUGAUCCACGUACGAGGGCCGCUGCCCGUCGCCAAGAUCACCGCGGCUGAGGUGAGCGAGCAUCAGAGGAUGUGUGAGGAGCGUCUGGCGCCGCUGCUCUCUCCGUCAGAGAGUCUGAGUGAAGAAGAUGCCGCGAGGCUCGGAAAGAAAGAUCCAGAACAAGAGGUGGAGAAGUUUCUGUCCGCUAACACUCAGGAGCUCAGUAAAGACAAAUGGCUGUGUCCUCUGAGCGGGAAAAAGUUCAAGGCUCCAGAGUUUGUGCGUAAACACAUCCUGAACAAACACGGAGACAAAGUUUCCGCCGUCAGACAGGAAGUCAUGUUCUUCAAUAACUUCCUGCUGGACGCCAAGAGACCCGCCGUACCGGAGAACAAGCCCCUCCCACCGCCAGCACAAGCCACGCCCCCUGGUAUUCCAGGAUUUCCUGGUCAGUCGCCACAGCAGCAGAGCCUUCUGGGAUAUCCUCCAGGAGUCAGACCCCCCAUGCCGAGCUUCCCUGGUACCACACACACACACACACACACACACACACACACACACACACACACUCUCCACCAGCACCAUGAUCAGGAUCGCGAUGGGGACGCCAAAGUCGCCGAUGAUCCUGCGGAGCUGAAACGCAAACAGCAGAUUGCAGAUCCGUGA